AUUCAUUCGAGUUGUUUGGUGCUCUCGAAUUUGUGAAUUGCUUCCUCUUAGUCGUCUUUAACUUCAUAUUUUGAAGAAAACUCGUCUCAAAAUGCCUGCCCUUGAAGGCCAAGUUAUAGUUAGGAGUACGAAUGUAUCAUCUACGUCAAUGGGAACUACUGAAAUCGACGAACUGGUGAAGAAAUUGAGCGAAACAUUGAGGCUGAAGGCCAAACAGAAACAGCGUGCCCACCGAGCUUCGCCUUACCAUAGUCCAUGUAAACAUUGUCGAACAGGUCAAGUCUGUCACAGUAAAGAUUGCAGCUAUCUUCGACACACACAUUCAAAGCGUAUCAAGAAGAAAACUGGUGAUAACGAUGCACAUAAGCUUCUAGAACAACUACUACGACAAGGUAACUUAAUUAAAGAGGCCGUCGGGAGGCUUAACUUCAAAUCAGAACCAAAAUGUAAAUAUUCCAGUCAAUGGUCUUAUUCUUCUGACUUUGACGACGACGCCUGUUUAGAUGUAUGCGAACCACCAUCGCCAGCUUGCUAACAUUAAAGAAUUGCAUAACAGUACCAACACAAUAACGCCUCAGGGACAAGUUUGUUGUUGUGGAAUGAAGCUGUUGUUUACAGGAAAACGUCUGCGAACGUGUUGUGUCUGCCAUUAUAAUUUAUUCAGACACGAGGGCCAAGGUCGCGCAUCGUUUGAGUGUAAACACAUUUUAGUGUUCUGUGUACUGACAUCGAACUGACUAAUUCGAAGAUGUGCAAUCUUUAUCAAGAGACUUCUUCAUCACAUUUCAACUUUUCAACAUCGUAGCUGUUUAAAAAAAAUGUCAAAAAAUAUACUUUUGUUGUCGCUUUCGUUCUGACAACCUCGUAUUUGUCUAUAUUAUCACGCCACACAUACAUUAAAUAUGUCAUUUGAAGCGUUAGUUAUGACCAUUUUAUGUUUUGAAUUUUUUUCCUUGUAGAUUUGUUUUACUUGAAAUAGUAGUAAAAUGAAUUUAAAAAUGUACAUAUGCGAAUGAAGCUACAAAGUUAGGUGAAAUGUGCUUUUUGUAUCAAAACAGUUUAUUAAUAUUUAAUUAAAUGGUAAAUUCCAUUCAUGACAACUAAUUGAUAAUGUCCAUAUUUGUUGUUAAUAUUGUGGUCCUGCUCGUCAUCAAUUUUGCAGGGUAUAUUGGAAAACAGGUAUUGUCAAUAUUUGAGUAGUUUGUAAUGAUUUAUAUAUUAUAUAUAUAUACAUACAUAACAGGGUUUUAUGUUUUCUAGAAUUUAUUUACAUUAUUUUGCAAUUUGUGGAAGUAGCUUCCAGUGAACCAAGUAUGCAAAACACUGCAUCUCUCUGGUUUUGCAUACAUGUGUUCAGUGCAUGUUAGGUGGUGCAAUCAAGUAAUAUAUAACCAUGUGGUAUAAAUGGUGUUUUAUAUUUGGUGCUAAUAUAAUUUACUUUUGGAUUAUAUACCUAAAAAUCAAGACUGGUAAUUUCCAAGCUAAGUAUUGCCAGCCUAGUUAAGUUUAGCGUGCAAGUACAUAAUGCUCCAAAAAAAAAAAUGAGCCAAUUAGUUAUAGUGUGCAUGGCUGUAAUAAGUCACAUCUUUUUCUGUCAUCUUUUCUCUUUAUUAUAGUUAUAAACAAAAAAUACAAAAAGAGUACUUGUAGUUUAUUUUGCUUUUUCAUUUGCCAUUUGUUUUUACACUCGUUUCAAUUUACCCAAGGAUGUUGUCAACUGUUAAUUGUUAUAAAUAUUUAUAAAUGUGUUUUCACAGUGAGAGGUGGUCUUUUGUAUUGCCCUUUAUGUGGGAGGCUAAGGUCAUCUCAAAAUUAUGUUCAUCUGCACCUGUGAUGUCAAAAUAGCAGUUGCUAUGAUUGGUUAAACAGUUUUUCAACUGCCAUUUUGAUUUUCCAAAUGUUAUUUAAAUAUUUAUAAAUUGAAUGCAAAUCACAUCCAUAGGUGAUCUGAAAUGAGAAUACAUUGAGAAGUAUUUGUGUUUGCCAAAAGAGUCUUUCCAAAGAGGCCCAGCUGUUUUAAAAAGCUGGUUCCGCACAAACUCAGUCAUUUUUUACUUUGUUAUUAAACUAUUCUCAUUGCUUUUUUUCUGAUUUGUCAACAUUUUCAUAAUUUUGUAAUUUGUGUUACAAUCAAGUUGAGUAUAUUAUAAUUAAAAGUCAUUAAAUAUGCGAGUGAUUAAAUAUGUAAA